UCUCUCUCCUCCGUCUCGCCCCCGUGACCUUUUCCUCCACGCCGGAAUACUACUCCCCCCAUCGCCAUCUCGUCGUCGCGCGGGCGGGACCUCGACCUCGACCUCGACCUCGCCGCCGCCCCCGACGAGACCCGACUCGAUUGACCCCAGGACUCGCUCCGAGGGGGUGCGCGCGCCGGUGGCGAGAGCGGGGUGGGCCAUGGCGGCGAGGUGGCGGCCGGCGAUGCUGCUGCUGCUGGCGGCGGCGUGGAGCGCGGACGCGCUGUCGGUGACGGUCACCGACACCGAGUGCAUCCACGAGUUCGUGCCCUACGAGGGCGACACCGUGUCGGGGAACUUCGUCGUCGUCGACCACGACAUCUUCUGGAGCUCCGACCACCCCGGCAUCGAUCUCACGGUAACUUCACCAGGUGGCAACACUGUGUAUACAUUGAAGGGGAAAUCCGGUGACAAAUUUGAGUUUAAAGCUCCAAGGGGUGGAAUGUAUAAGUUUUGCUUCCAUAACCCAUAUGGGGCACCUGAAACUGUUUCCUUCUACAUUCAUGUCGGCCACAUACCCAAUGAGCACAAUCUGGCGAAAGAUGAGCAUUUGGACCCUAUCAAUGUGAAAAUAGCAGAGCUGAAGGAGGCAUUAGAAUCUGUCACUGCUGAGCAGAAAUACCUUAAAGCCCGUGAGGCUCGUCACCGACACACAAAUGAGAGCACAAGAAGGCGUGUCAUGUUCUACACAAUAGCCGAGUACCUAGCUUUCAUGGGUGCGAGUGCUUUGCAAGUUGUUUACAUCCGUCGCCUGUUCAGCAAAAACGUGGCAUACAACAGGGUGUAGGACACAGUCUACUUCAAGACAGCAAAAAAUGGUUGGAGCAGGAAAAUAUUUCCAUCAUAUUGUGUUAGCUUUCCCAGCCAUUUUUUUGGGUUUAGUCUAAAACGUGGCACUUUUGAAUUUAUCACCUUGUACUUUUAGCAACUUCAGUGAGAUAUGAAGCACAUUUGUUGCUGAACAAGUGAACAUAGAGUCGUAACUAAUCUUCAAAGGGUUGAAUGGUUGAUGCUCAAAAGAAACUACUUGUGUUAGUGUGUUACUACCACUUACCAGUAUCUUGUGCUGAUAUAAAUUGAUCAAUUUUUAUUAUGUUCUAUGAAAUUCAUUCAAAGCACAACGUUCCUCGU